AUUGGUUGCCGACCCUCAAUAAAACGCGAUCCGCCCCUUUCUCUCCGACUCAUCCCCGAAUUCAUUUCCUUCCCUCCCGCGGCCACAAUGCUUGCGUUUGCUGUGCUGCCGCUGCUAUUGUGCGCCGCUGGCCAAGCUACCGUAGCCUUCACCGACGGUCUACUGCCGAAUGGCAACUUCGAACAUGGGCCAAAGCCUUCGCAGAUGAAAGGGACGGUCGUGAUUGGCCACAACUCAAUACCCGAAUGGGAAAUCACGGGGUUGGUGGAAUACAUCGAAUCAGGGCACAAGCAAGGAGACAUGCUGCUAGUCGUGCCGGAAGGUGCCUUUGCAGUCAGGCUAGGGAACGAGGCGUCGAUCAAGCAGAAGGUGAAAGUGGUGAAAGGAAUGUACUAUGUCAUAACAUUCAGUGCGGCCCGCACAUGUGCGCAGGAAGAGCGUUUGAACGUGUCAGUCGCGCCGGACUCUGGGGUGCUACCCAUGCAAACGUUGUAUAGUAGCAACGGUUGGGACUCAUAUGCAUGGGCCUUCCAGGCUGAUUAUCCCGAAGUGGAGGUGCUGAUCCACAACCCUGGCGUCGAGGAAGACCCGGCCUGUGGGCCUCUGAUCGAUUCGGUGGCCAUAAAGGCUCUUUACCCUCCAAGACCCACAAACAAAAAUAUUCUAAAAAAUGGCGGUUUCGAAGAAGGCCCAUACAUUUUCCCCAACACAUCGUGGGGCGUCCUCAUCCCACCCAAUAUAGAGGAUGAUCACUCUCCAUUGCCUGGUUGGAUGGUCGAAUCUCUCAAAGCCGUAAAAUACAUCGAUUCAAACCACUUCGCUGUCCCAGAAGGCAAGCGGGCCGUCGAACUUGUCGCAGGUAAGGAGAGCGCGAUUGCUCAAGUGGCCCGCACCGUUCCAGGUAAGGUCUACACACUCACAUUCGCCGUAGGAGACGCAAGCAACUCAUGUGAAGGGUCCAUGGUGGUCGAGGCAUUCGCCGGGAGGGACACAAUCAAAGUCCCUUAUGAAUCUAAGGGCAAGGGUGGCUUUAAGCGUGCCAUUCUCAAAUUCACUGCGGUGUCCCCGCGCACUCGAAUCAUGUUCUAUAGCACAUUUUACACUAUGAGAAGCGACGAUUAUAGUUCUUUGUGUGGGCCCGUGAUCGACGACGUGAAGUUGCUUAGCCUUCGUAGGCCACUGCGCCUGUGAAGCAUUGAUCAUGUAGGUGCAUUUGUGUGGGUGUAUAACCUGUUUUUCUUUUCCUAUAUACUUAAAAUAUUUAGUUGUAAUGUUGGUAAGAUGCCUUGUUUUAAGCUUAUCAUGAUUACAGGUAUACUAAUAUGAUAGAAAAGUCAUUAACAGUUUGAUUUUUA